AUGAAUAAUGAUCAAUUUCAGUCAAGUCGUCUACGGAGUUCUCAUCGAGGUUUGACGAAGGCAACUGUCGAUCUUACAAAGCCUCCCCAAACCAGCAAUAUAACAACCUUCAAGAAAUUCGUCGAUGAAAGUCGUGUUUUGCCGAUUAAUUGUAGAAUCGUCAUUUUAGUUUUCGGUUCACCUCAAGCAGGACAAACUGAUCUAGCCGUACGUUUGGCAGAAAUCUACGACGCUUCCUACCUAGAUAUUCAGGAGUUUCUUGAGACCCACACCCAAGAGGCCUCUUUGGAAGAAUCGCUUGCUGAAAGAGUUCAACGAGAUGAUUGCAAAUUUGGCCUUAUUGUUGAUAAGAUUGAAACUCUCAAGUCCUGUAAAAUGUUAUUGCGUUGUUUUGCGAAACAUAUGGUUAGGAUUUUUGCCAUAACAGUUACCCGGGAUAGUGAAUCCAUUCAACUAGCAGAUAGACGUUAUGAGGAAGGCUUGAAAAGAGCUGAAAAGGAGGCAUUUGAAAUGAAAGUGAGGAAGUACAUGGCUAUGGCUGAAUGGGAGUACAGCAAUUUGUCUGAGGAAGAGCGCAAGACUGUUGACCAGACCCUCGCUACAUGGAAGCGUCAACGCAGGAUGAAUGAAAUUCCAAAGUAA